AUGGCGACUGUAUCCGAAUCGAAAAAGAAUGAUGAGCAAACGAUCAAGGUUGCCUCCAAAAAGGACACCAAGAACCAAUCCAACGGACCUAUCAAGCUGAAGAAGCCCGCGCCGAAGUACAGCAAACCCGGAAAUUGGAGGGAAGGGAGCGUCAUCGACGAUGACAAAAAGUCCAAGAACUCCGAGUCAGCAUCAAUCUCCGUAGCCUCGCCAGGCCCGGUAGUCAACCCCCUUGACGACAACGCGCGUGAAGCGUUUGCGACCGGUCGACCCCUCGAGGACAGCCCUGAUCUGCAACAAUGCAAACAUUGCAAGAAGAGCAUUCUCAAGACAGCCGCAAAGGCACACAUUGCGCAGUGUCUAAGGUUGAAGAAAGAGAAGGCUCAGAGGAAGAAGGAGGCGAGAGAAGCCCGCGAGCGAGCCAAAGAGGCCGCGAGAGAGGAGGAAGCCAGAAAGGCUGACGAGGAUGGUGACGGCAAGGGUGAAGACGACAGCGACGGCGAUGACGAUGGCGCUGAAAAAAAGGCAACCGGGAACAAGACCGCCAAAAAGGCCGCAGGCAAGAAGACAGAUGGAGAGGCGGGCAAAGGGAAAAAGCGCAAAGCGGAUGGCGAUGCGGAUAAGGGGCCAAAACAGAAAAAGAAAAAAGAGGAACCGAAACCCAAAGCCCCCAAGCCGAAAGGACCUGUUGAUGUUGAGCGGCAGUGUGGUGUUCUGCUGCCAAAUGGUCAGCCAUGCGCGAGAUCACUGACCUGCAAGAGCCAUAGCAUGGGCGCGAAACGUGCAGUGGCGGGACGAUCUUUACCAUACGACAUGCUACUUGCUGCAUAUCAGAAGAAGAACCAGGCAAAGCAACAGAAGGCUGCGCUCGAUGCCAACGCGCCGCUCGAGGACGAGGACGAAGCCAAUGCGGGACCUGUGGACUCCGACGAGGAAACAGCCGCCGUCAUGAGCGCGCUGGCGCACUGGAACCCGCAGCCCGUGGUACCACAACCAGUGUUAAACCCAAUCAAGAGACAAUACCAGCUCGCACGUCUUCACGAGCAGCUGCAAAUGGCCACAAACGGUGGCCGAACCAAUAUUUUCAAGGUUGUAGGUUUAGGUGCCCAAAAACUGCCUGAUGGCCCCUCAGGAGCUUGA